AUGACAAAAUUAGCUAGAAACAGCCUCUACGAGAUGCUGGCCACUGGCUCUGGGUCCUCCGCCAUCGCUGUGGUCUUUGCGGAGCGUGCAAUGCCUUGGAUUUCUGUGCUCAUGCCCAUCUUCGUCGGCGCCUCGGUAUUUGGGAGCAUCAAUGGUGAGGCGAUGUCGAUGUCUCGGCUGACCUACACAGGAGCCAGAGAAGGACACAUGCCUUCGAUACUCGCCAUGAUUCAUCACUGCAACUUUACUCCUAUUCCUGCCAUUUUGGUCUUGGUAAAACGCCUCGAAGUGCUUGACUCUUUAGUGUGUUUGCCGCUUCAGCUUGUCCUCGCUGUGGGUUACCAAUUCUACAGCGACCUCUUCGCCUUGAUCGAGCUAGCAGGUUUUGCGUUCUCCUUCAUUGCGGCUUUGGCAGUGGCCUCUCUCCUCUACAUGCGUUACAAGGAACCCAAUCUCAAAACAUCGUUCCAGGUCUUCCACGCGACUCAUUUUCAUAAUUAA